AGCGGCGGGGGCGUUCCCUCUUUGGUUGCUGAGAUCCCGGCAGAUCCCGCCGCACCCGCGCGGGAGCUGGUGCGACAGCAUGGGUUGGUCUCAGCGUUUGUUCGGCGCCCUGCGGCGAGCACUGUCAAAGGAAGUGAAGGAGCAAGUGGGCACAGACCGGUUCGGGAACAAAUACUAUUAUAUCCCGGAGUACAAGAACUGGAGAGGACAAACUAUUCGAGAGAAAAGAAUUGUAGAAGCAGCAAAUAAAAGAGAAAUAGACUAUGAAGUGGGGGAUAUCCCAACAGAAUGGGAAGCUUGGAUCAGAAAAACAAGAAAGACUCCGCCUACUAUGGAGGAAAUAAUGAAGAAUGAAAAAUAUAGAGAAGAAAUCCAAAUGAAAAGCCAAGAUUUUUAUGAAAAAGAAAAGCUUCUUCAGGAGAGCAACAAGGAACUUGCUCCACCAGUUCAAACUCAGAUUAAAGGGCAUGCCUCUGCUCCAUACUUUGGAAAAGAAGAACCCUCAGUGGCUCCCACCAGCACUGGCAAAACCUUUCAGCCAGGAUCCUGGAUGCCACAAGAUGACAAGGGCCACAAUCAAUGAAUGUACUGUGGUAAAAUUUUAUUUAUAUGUAUGUGACUAUUUUAACAAAUAAAAGUAAAAAGUUA